AUGCUCCGCUUACAAAACAGAGGGAUUGACUUGAUUCCGCCCCACCAUCUUCUCUCGUCUCUGUGCAGGGAAUGGGCGCCCCACAAGAUCCGCUGUAACUCCAUCUCGCCGGGGUACAUGAACACCCUGCUGAUCGAGAAAUUCGAUCCCCUCUUGAAGAAAGUGUGGUUUGAAAGGACACCAGUGGGACAAAUGGGCCAUGUUUUGGACUUGAACGGGGCCGCGUUGUAUUUGGCCAGCCACACUUCUUUGUUCACUAUGGGCACUGAUCUCUUGAUCAACGGAAGCGGGAAUGGCCCCGCUGGUCCACGCUCGACGAUGGCCCAGGAUAUGUCUUUUGAGCACCAUAACGCAAGCAAAGCGGGCAUCAUCCAUCUGAUGAAAUCCCUCGCUGCGGAAUGGGCGCCCCACAAGAUCCGCUGUAACUCCAUCUCGCCGGGGUACAUGAACACCCUGCUGAUUGAGAAAUUCGAUCCCCUCUUGAAGAAAGUGUGGUUUGAAAGCACACCUGUGGGACGAAUGGGCCAUGUUUCGGACUUGAACGGGGCCGCGUUGUAUUUGGCCAGCGACGCGUCUUCGUUCACUACGGGCACUGAUCUCUUGAUCAACGGGUCCGUCCCUUCCCCCUUCCUCCACACACCAUCUCCACGUUUUCCCGCAAAUUUCACUGACUGA